UCUUGAAAAGGCGCCUUUACUAUUCCAACGUCUAUUAUAUUUUAAUAUGAUUUUUCUUUUUUAUAGAAAAUAUUCUCCAACCUUCUUCAACAAAGAUACAUAAAUGAAAGCCUCAAACUUUGAAAGGCACGGCCAACUUUUAUUAUUUUUUUAAUUAUUAUUUCUUCUGUCUCUUCUGCCAUGCCAAGUAUCCAUGGCUAACCCCUGAGGUAUUGAAGGUCUGGAAAUUCUCCAUUGAGUAGGGGUUUUGAAGCUUUUCAUGAAUGAUAGUAAAGCUGUCUGCUACAAUCUUGGCCUUGUCAAUAGUAAGAAUCCCUAUUAAGAAAGUUGCAGUGGUUUUGGGAUUUUGGGUCAAAACUUUAUUGCAAUUUCAAGUGUUGAUUAAGUAACUUCAACCAUGAAUGGGGGUGGCUUGACAAAAGUUCCAGAUAGUCUAAUUUCUCCAUCAAUAAAAUUCCCGAAAAUCACAGUUGAAAGAGAAGAAAUUUCAGGUUUUAGAGGACAUUUCAAUCGGAUUGUUUCUCAUAAAGUUGAUUGGGAAACUAUGAACAAAGGCUGCAAAAACUGGAUCAAGAACCCUCUGAAUAUGGCCUUUCUUUUAUGGGUUAGUUGUGUUGCUAUCUCAGGAGCAAUUCUUUUUCUUGUAAUGACAGGAAUAUUAAACAAUGUCCUGACAAAGAAAUCUGAAAGAGAUGCUUGGUUCGAGGUCAGUAAUCAAAUCAUCAAUGCUCUUUUUACUCUCAUGAGUCUGUACCAACACCCAAAGCGUUUCCACCACCUUGUUCUUCUGUGUAGGUGGAAAUUAAAGGAUGUAUCAAUGCUCAGAAAGAUGUACUGCAAAAAUGGUACUUACAAGCCUCAAGAAAGGGCCCAUAUGCUGGUUGUUAUUGUGCUACUUCAUGUGAAUUGCUUUGCUCAAUAUGCCUUAUGUGGACUCAACUUAGGAUACAGAAAAGUUGAAAGACCUAAUAUAGGUGUUGCUAUCUGCCUUGUAAUAGCAAUUGCAGCCCAAGCAAUUGCAGGUGUCUACUGUAUUGUGAGUCCUCUUGGAAAGAAGUAUACUUUUGAAUUUGAUGAAGAAGCACAGGAUCAAAAACACACUAAUGGUGUUGCUCAGUUGAAGAGCUCAUGUCUAAUCUCCUUAGAGAAAGAAUACUCAUCUGAGCAUGAACCUGAAUGGAAAGGGGGGUUACUUGAUUUAUGCGAUGAUGGUGUUUCUAUGACGCCUCUUUAUUUGCUAUGCGGUUUUUGUGUGUUUGGUUGGAACAUGGAAAGACUUGGAUUUGGUAACAUGUAUGUUCAUAUUGCAACUUUUUUCCUCUUCUGCACUGCUCCAUUGUUGAUCUUCGGCUUGGCUGCCACCCAUUUUGAUAAUGAGAUUAUAAAGGAAGCUCUUGGCCUAACCGGUGUUGCGCUUUGCGUGUUUGGUUUGCUCUAUGGCGGCUUCUGGAGAAUCCAAAUGAGGAAAAAAUUCAACUUACCGGCGAAUCACUUGUGUUGCGGUAACCCUGCAGUGACAGAUUGUGCUCAGUGGCUUUUCUGUUGCUGGUGUUCUCUUGCUCAAGAAUUUCGGACUGCUAAUUACUAUGACAUGGUGGAAAGUAAGUUUUGCAAGGCUGCUGCUGUCUUGCCCUUACAGCACGAUGACAAAGUAAUUCAAUUAAGCAUUUCUAGCUCUUCCAUUCUGCUUGGGAAAGAAGGCUGCUCGCAGAGUUCAAAGGUAGACAACACAGUUAUUAUAAACAACUUCAUGAAGCCACCUGUAACAUCAACAAUUCAAAGAGAAGAUAGCAAUAUUUUGUGAUGAUGUUAUUGGAAUGUAUUAUUGAACAUGAUCAGGCUCUUCAAUUUUCUGGUGGAGGAGAGAAAUGUAUGUAUGUAUGUAUGUAUGCAUUGGUUAAUCUUUCCUAUGCGUAUUUUGGGGUAAUUUGUUGCAGAUUAUGUGAUAAACAGCAGCUAAUUAAGCCCAACUUCUUGCAGAAAGAUCAUAUCUCACGAUAUAAAAACCAAAGACAAUAUGUGUUUGCAGGGAUGGAGCAGAAUAAAUUUUGAAUGGGAUUA